GAAGAGAGACAGCGGCCUCUUCGGCUCAACCAAUCAGAAGGCAGCUCUGGUGUUGCUCAUGGGAUGAUAACAAGUGCGACGGAGAAGGGAAUUGGCUCUGAGAGACUUGCCCAAUGGGUUUUCAGUACCAAGUGGGGAGGGCGGGGCCAGGCCGUGGCGUAACUGGCACGGCCAGCAGCGCACCUGUCCCUGUCGUCGCUGCAGUCUCGUUGAGAAGAUGACCGUGGAGAGGUCUGCUGCAGCCCGCGAAUGCGGAGGACGGGGCAGCCAGGUGUUCCACCCCGAAGCAUCCUCGGACAUAGAGACAGAGGAAGAACCACAUGAGAAUGGAAUUGUCUUGCACAGGGCCGGAAAACUGGAGGAUUUCCUCCACAAAGAGACUGAGACAGACUUGACUACUUUUGACUCAGAUGAAUAUUUUUAUGAGAUUUUUCAGGCACAGAAGAAAAAAACCAGACGCUGUUCAUUGAGAAGAAACUCAGCAUAUCAGGCAAAGCUGGAUGACAAAUCCUCUGUAGAAGACCCAGAACUGGAGUGUUUUUUCCGAGGCAGUAACAGGCAGAGACUACAGUCUAAAUGUCAUCACUCUGUUAUAUCUGACAACCUGAAACGGUCCAGCUCCUUGAGUGACCUCACACAAGAAAACUUUUAUGGUCAAACAAGUUCCUCAGCUUCUGGCCCUUGCCCACCACACAGGCGUACCCUGGCCUGGGUCCCCUUUGUCACCACCCCCGAACCCUUUCACAUGACGGUGCGGGAGGCACGUAAGAAGUCCCGGUGUCUGCCAUCCUGCGCCUCAUUUGAACUAAGAAGACAGCGAGCAGAGAAGCAGGAGCAGGAGGACGCCGAGUGCCAGAAGAAGUUCCAGGCCCAGCCAGUGCCCGCUCACGUCCAUCUGCCCCUCUAUCAGGAGAUCAUGGAACGGAAUGAGGCCCGUAGACGAGCAGGAAUCCAGAAGAGGAAAGAACUGCUCCUGUCUUCCCUUAAACCCUUCAGCUUCCUGGAGAAGGAAGAGCAAAAAAAGGAAGCCAUUCGACAGAAAGCCUCAGCAGCAAUGCCUCAGGCAAAGACUUCAAAGCAAAAAGUCACCAAGAAGAUCCCCAAGUCAGUCUUGGAGCCAGCCUUGGGGGACAAGCUCAAAGAAGCUGAACUGUGCAGGAAACUCCGCAUACAGACAAGGGCCGAAGAUCUCUUGCAGACAGCCUCAUCCCCCAUCACUUCUAAUAGAUACACUGAUCCCAAGUCUCGAAUAUCCACUCGGACGCGGCAAGAAAAACUCCGUUUCCUGCAGAGAGACUUUGAUUUCCAACCAAGGGUGAAUCCCAGUGUCCCUGACUUUAAGGGUCUUUAUAGGGCCUUCCAAAAAGAAGCUGCUCGAAAAAGGGAAACCCGAGAGGCAACACGAAACAAACCAUUCCAGCUGAGAACUGCCGAUCUCCACCACCGACAGAGGCCCAGCAAGGAGUCAACAGAACCCAAGAAUCCUCCACAGUCGCCCAUGGCUCCAUUACAAAGGAGCCGUUCUCUGAGUGGUCUUGCCUCCCUCUCUCCUAACACCCUUCCUGUACACAUCACAGAUGCCACCAGGAAAAGGGAAUCUGCUGUUAGAUGCUCCCUUGAAAAAAAGAAAGAUAAAGAGAAUGAGAGCGCCCACUGGUUGGAGCAACAUAGGAAGAAAUGUCAAGCUAUGUACAAAUCUGUGACCUCACGAGCAAAAGCCAUGGAUCCCCAUAAAAGCUUAAAGGAGACAUACAAAGCAAAGCUGAAAGAGAAUUGGCUCACUGACCAAAAGAGGACAAAGGAGUAUAAGCAAGAACUGGAGGAAAUGAAGAGGAGAGUCCAGAAUAGACCCUAUCUCUUUGAACAAGUGACACAGAUUUGUGCCAGGAAAGAGGCAGAGCGCAGAUACAGAGACAUAUUACGGAAGGUUGGUUUAGAUGAGGACUUUGUGAGGAACAAAGGACAGCAUGCCAUUGUUGAAUGGAGUGAAGAAGACAAGGAAGGAACUGAUGCCCCCAGCCACCAUGAAAGCAAGGAACUGUUUAGUAGUAGUUCACAGCAAGAUUCAGAAGAAUCCCUGGAAGAAGUGAAACAUACUCCCUCAGAGGAAGAUUUUAUGGACCUGCCCUUUGAAUCACCAGAUACUUCCAAACAACUUGCCUGAUUAUUCUCCUGCUAUUACUGCUUUUGGAAAAAAAAAACGCUAAGCCCCUAAGUUGGUGUUUUGUGAGAAGACAGGCCGGGAAGUGACUGAGCCCUCUUAAAGCACUGUUUUACUUGUGGGCCUGUGGGUUGAUACAUAAAAUCAUAUGGUUGUGGGGCACCUUAGAAAGCACCUAUUCUAUCCCUUUUUUCAACACAUGAAGUUCUGCUUUUCAUUAUUAUGGAUGAUUUACCCCUCUUUCUGGACUUUGAUCCAUCAUCCCCUUUCUUGCAUCUUCAGGCUUUUCCUCUCCAUUGGCUCAGUCCUUUCUACCUUCACACAUUCUCAGAUCUCCUGUAGCCUACUUCACUCCAACCCCCAUUCCACCUUUUUCCUCUUUUUUUUCCACUUCUUGGCUUACCGAAAAUCACAGAAUCAUAGAAUUUUAGAGUUGGAAGGGAUUGUAGUGAUUCCUCAGUUCAACCUGUUCUUGGGGGGGAGAUCCCCACUACAAGCUUCCAGAGAAGUGGUCAUCCAGCCUUUGUUUUGAAGAGUCAUCUUUUGAAGCAACUCAUUCUAUUUUGGGGCAGCUCCAAUUUUAAGGAAAUGUUUUCUUACAUUAUACCUAAAUUUGCAUCUUUCCUCGUUCUACCCAUUGCUCCUAGUUUUGCCUUCUGGGACCAAACAGAAAAAGUCUCCUCUCUCAAAUGACAGCCUUUUAGAUACUUAGGAAAUAGCUCUCUUAUUAUCUCCCCUAGCCUUCUCUUCUCCAGGCUAAACAUCCCUAGUUCCUUGAACCAGUCCUCAUGUGGCAGAGGUUCAAGGCCCCUCAUCAUUUUGGUUACUGUCCUUUGGAUGCCGUCUAUCUACCUUUCUCAAAUAUGGGGCCUAGACCCGAAUACAAUACAGUGGAACCCUCAUCUUCUUAUUCCUGGAAGCUAUGCUUCUAUAUUUAUACCUCCAUUUUCUUGCUACUCACUCAUUCCUCAGUCCCUUCUAAUCUUGUUUCUGUUCCCACAAUUUUACUGAAAGUUAUAUUCAAAAUGACAAAUCCAUUAUUCCAUUCUUAGUCUCAUCAUUUAUUUUUUUGUUGAGUUUAAUCAAAUCAAAUUCUCCUUGAACUCUACAUUUUAUGUUGUUGACGCAUUCCCUUCCCCUUCUCCAAACCUUUUGCUUUUAUGACACUU